CUCCUGCUCCGAUCAGCCGCGAGUGCGCCUCUGCUGCGGAGAGAGAUGACAAGAGCCUCGCGGAACUGGCCAGACAAACAUGGAUCUCCAUAAAACGAUGAUUUCGGUGCUUUGGAUAUUAUUGCUGAACCCUUUGGAAGAGUGUAACGCGGAGGAAGUGGUGCUGCUGAAUUCUAAAGAGUCUCAGGCAGAGCUGGGCUGGACCUCAUAUCCCCCCAAUGGGUGGGAGGAGAUAAGUGGUGUAGACGAAAAGUACAAGCCCAUCCGGACCUACCAGGUGUGCAAUGUGAUGGAGCCUACCCAGCAGAACAACUGGCUGCAGACUGGCUGGGUGGCACGUCAAGGUGGCCAACGCAUCUUCGUGGAGCUUCAGUUCACACUUCGCGAUUGCAACAGCAUUCCCGGCGUGGCGGGCACCUGCAAGGAGACCUUCAACCUCCUGUACGUUGAAUCGGACAGGGACCUGGGCGGUGUGACCCGAGAGGACCGCUACACUAAGAUUGACACCAUUGCUGCAGAUGAGAGCUUCACGCAGGGUGAUUUGGGUGAAAGGAAGAUGAAGCUGAACACAGAGGUCCGGGAGAUCGGUCACCUCAACCGUAGGGGCUUCCACCUGGCUUUCCAGGAUGUCGGCGCCUGCGUAGCUCUGGUGGCGGUGCGGGUGUACUAUAAGCGCUGCCUUGCCACCGUCCAGAACUUGGCCAUCUUUCCCGACACGGUAGCUGAGGCGGCUUUUUCCACGCUGGUCGAGGUGCGCGGCAGCUGCGUCAACAACUCUGAGGUGGACGCCGACAGCCCCCCCAGGAUGCACUGCAGUGCCGAAGGGGAAUGGCUGGUGCCCAUUGGGAAAUGCAGCUGCAGUGCAGGUUACGAGGAGGGACACAGCAGCUGCGAAGCAUGUCCCCCUGGAUCAUACAAGAUGUCCUCCAGGCAGCAGGAGUGCUUUCCCUGUCCAGCAAACAGUGUUUCCGAGGAUGAGGGCUCAGUGGUGUGUGUGUGCCAAGAGGACCACUUCAGAACCCCGCUGGACUCCCCCUCCUCACCAUGCACACGACCCCCCUCACCACCUAAAGACUUGGUCUACACCGUGAAGCAGUCCACUCUCAUCUUGGAAUGGGCUGCGCCUUCCGACACAGGUGGCAGGGUCGAUCUGACCUACAGCGUGGGUUGCCGGCGCUGCGCUGGCAGGCAGUGCGAGCCCUGCGGGGCCAGCAUCGGUUUUGUGCCUCAGCAGGUCGGUCUGACGGAGAGAACGGUGACGGUGGUCAAUCUCCUUCCCAACACUAACUACACGUUCACUGUGGAGGCUUUGAAUGGAGUGUCUGAGCUUCUGCCCAACAAGAGGUUCUACACACAGGUCAAUGUGUCAACAAACUUACCUGCUUCAUCUCUGAUAAGUGAGCUACGAGCCGAGAAGAUUGAGGAAAAAAGCAUCACGUUGGUGUGGAGGCAACCUUUGUCCCUAAACAGAAGCCGGACGGAAUACGAAGUCAAAUACUACGAGAAGGAGCAAAAGGAUCAAAGUUAUUCUACUGUGAAGACGUCCGCCACACGCAUCAGUGUCAACAACCUGAAAGCCGGCACCACCUACGUCUUCCUCAUUCGUCCCUUCACUACACUAGCGCCCUCCUCAUCACUGUCCUCUUCCCCUCUUUCAUCCUCUGCCUCCUCGUCAUCUUCGUCUUCUACUUAUCCCUCCUCCUCUUCUUCUUCAUCCUCCUCCUCCUCUUCUUCCUCGUCAUCAUCGUCUCCUCCCAUUGACUACGGAGCCUACAGCGCUCCCCUGGAACUGCAGACACUGGGAGAGCUGGCCCUGGCAUCCAGUGAACAGAGUCCUGUGGUGAUCAUUGCCGUCGUGUCAGUGGCGGCACUCGUUAUGCUGCUGUCUAUGGGAGUUGGACUGCACAUCUGGAGGAGACAAUGCGGCUACAGCAAAGCCUCUCAAGAAGGAGAUGAGGAACUUUACUUCCAGUUCAAGAUUCCCACACGGCGGACCUACAUUGACCCAGAGACGUGUGAGGACCUACUGCAGGCCAUCCAUGCCUUUGCCAAGGAGUUGGACAACUCCAGCAUUAAGAUUGAGAGAAUUGUGCACACAGGCGACUUUGGGGAGGUGUGUCGCGGCUGUCUCAAGCUGCCCAGCAAAAGAGAGCUGCCCGUGGCGAUCAAAACGUUACGAGCAGGCUGCUCAGAGAAACAGCGGCGCUCGUUCCUCAGCGAGGCUGGUAUCCUCGGGCAGUUUGACCACUCCAACAUCAUCAGACUGGAGGGCGUUGUCACCAGCGGUAACACCAUGAUGAUCAUAGUAGAGAGCAUGUCUAAUGGGGCCUUGGACUCCUUCCUUAGGAAACAUGAGGGUCAGUUGAGCGUAAUGCAGCUGAUGGAUAUGCUGACUGGUGUGGCAUCGGGGAUGAAGUACCUCGCCGAAAUGGGCUUUGUUCAUAAACGCCUGGCUGCACACAAGGUGCUGGUUAAUGCUAACCUUGGCUGCAAGGUGUCUGGCUUCAGACCUCUUCAAGAGGACAAGAUAGAGUCAAUCUACACUACACUGCAUGGAGGGAAGAGCGUGGUGCUGUGGACUGCUCCAGAGGCCAUCCAGUACCAUCGCUUCUCCUGUGCUUCAGAUGUCUGGAGCUUUGGUAUCGUCAUGUGGGAGGUCAUGUCCUAUGGGGAGAGACCCUACUGGGAUAUGGGUAACCAGGAUGUGAUCAAGGCAAUUGAGGAUGGUUUCAGGCUCCCUGCGCCGGUCAACUGCCCUACACAUUUGCAUCAGUUGAUGCUUGACUGUUGGCAGAAGGACAGAACAGAGAGACCCAGCUUUAGUCAGAUCCAUUCAGCGCUAAGCAAAAGCAUUCGCUCGCCUGACGCCAUUGGCUCCUCCACGUUGGCACGGAGGACCCUCAGUUCCUCCAUAACACUCGCAGAGAGGCCUCUACCCACCUUCCCAUCAUUUAACUCGGUAGGAGAGUGGCUGGAUGCUGUGGACAUGGGCCGAUACAAGGACAACUUCACUGCUGCAGGAUACUGCUAUUUGGAGUCAGUGGCACGAAUGACCGUCCAAGAUGUACUGAGCCUUGGCAUCACUUCCCUGGAGCACCAGAAGUUGAUCCUGGCUGCCAUCCAGACCCUAAGAGCCCAGGUCAUCCAAAUGCAUGGGCGUGGUGUGCAAGUGUAACAAACGGCCGAAGGCACUGCUACUGCAGGCUCGCGGGUACGUGCAGAUGGUGGAUGAUGGGGUGGAGACGAGGCAAGCGAGACUGUCUUUCCGAGUGAAGGAUAGAUAGAAGGCCCUUGCACUCCUCUAUUUACUCCUCUUUCCCAUUCUUCCUCAUGCUUUCCGCAAUUCCCUCCUUUCUUUUUGCUAUCAAGCCCUUCAGAGACGAGCACCAGUCCCUCUGGUGAUGGACGGAUGGCAGAGGAGUGAUGUCAUGUGACUUUUUUGUGACCUCUAUCUGCACUUUGACCUUCAAAAAAACUGUGUCAGCUAAAUCGCCCUGGGGAGUGAGGACAACAGAAAGAUAGUCUCUUCCAGAAUGGUGACCUCUGUCGAGAAGGACUCUAAAAGGUCACUGGACAACUUUUUGUCCCUUUACCACAAUUAUUAUUAUUAUGAUGAUGUUUUUUUUUUUUUUUUUUACAGUACUGUUUACUGGCCUUGAGUCAAGACAGACAAAAACACUUCUCCACUGUCUGAUUUCACUUGAAAUAAGAAGGGACAUAAUCUAAGGAUGUGAAAUAGCGUCACCAUGCCAGAAGUGAUCUCAUAUCAGAUGGUGAAGGGAAAUCUCUGAAUAUUAAAAAUGGCAGGCUUGUAAUCCACAGACUCAAAGCAGCAGCUGUCAAUAGUUAUAAAGCCUGAGCUAUCCCAUGAAAAAGGGUCCAACAGUUUGAAUUUAGUAUUUUAAUGAGGCUUGCUAAAAACACUUUAAAUGAAUGGAGGCUGAUAUACUGCUAGAGUAAAGUCUGCUGGCAAGGCCAAAUAGAGAUAUAGCCUAAGGAAUGAUGGACUGAACUUUCAGGAAUACCGGCCUGUUUUUUUGGGGGGGUUUUUCCUACUGAUGGCGAACAAAGCUGGCAGGGGGGCACGUCUACUUAAAGAGUUGUGCGUUUAAUCACCCUUAAUUGAUGUCACUGUCUGUCUCACUACUUCUUGUUUUAUUCUCUUUAUCUUUCUCUCAAGAUGUCUUCUACAUGCAAAUGAAAUAUUGAAUUUCCCCUUUAGCCCGGAUGUCAUCUUGUAAUCCUCCCCUCCAAAGGCUCGCUACCGUAAGUACUCUCAGUAAACUCAGGUCAAAUCUGGAAGAUGACCCAAAUCUCAUAUUUAUUUGUUUAACAAUAACCUCUAUAGAUAAUUUUAAAACAGAGGUUAGGAUGGUUGAUUUAAAGUAUUUAAUGUAAAGUAAAAAUUUAGUUUGCUAAUAUUAUGACUGUGAGAUAUUGAACAUGUUUUAUACGAGACUAGCUGUAUGCACACAGUAUCUGUGUACUCAUGAACGGUUUAGUCUGUUGUCAUUGGAUGUGGUGUGUGUGAUUACAGUAUUAAAAUGUCAUAACGAUGUUCUUUUUUUAUUUCCUUUGUUGAGAUUACGUGUUUUUCCAUUACUGCUGGGUAUCACGUUGUGUGUUUUUCUCUGUACAGUAAUCUGCCCCCUCGCCUUUUCAGAAAUAUGUCAGGCUUGAAAGAGAGUGUUCAGCGAGGCAUUAGUGGAUGACCAUAUUUGACAUUGGACAGAGAUUUUUGAAUGAAAUAAUGUAACCGGUUUGUAUUUGCUACAGAAUACAGUUUGCGUCGUUCUGCUUGUUCUUGUCUGUCUCCCAAUAAUCAUCAAAAUAAAGAAACUAGGGCAGGCAGCUGACAAAUUAUAAACCUUUAAUUUACCAGCCGACUGCAAGGCCUCACGAUUCAACAGUUCAAUAUGAAGAAAGAAGUUUAUGAUUGCUGUCAAACACACACACACCUAUACGAACAAAAUGCAUCCACAUGCACAAAAAUAAUAAUAAUAAUUAUGGGACCUUUUUGCCACAAUAAAUGAAAUGUAAACCGUUUCCUCUCUUUGCCCACCUCUUACCAUUAUAUGUUUAAUACUGUAAAUAUGUACUUGAAAAUGCUAAAUCUAUUUUUAUAAUUUGUUUGAAGAACAAUGUGUUGAAUAUAAUAUCUGCUCACUGUGUAUGGGGUUGUUUGUUUGAAUUUAGGGCCAUGGCCGACAAACUGGUGUUUGGAAUAUUUAAAAAAAAAAUAAAAAACGUCUUUUUGUUAGUUUUUGAUGAUUUUUACCCAUUAGAAGAAAUGCUGAUGGCUGUUACAAUUAUGAAAUGUGUUAUUAA